CCAACUCAUCUCUGGUUGAUGACAUUCGUGUACACUAGUGUACACAUUCGUGCACAGGUUGAUGUGGGUUGACGGUCGACCUUUGCUUUCUGCUGGACUUUUUUAACCGAGACCUGAAUUAUAUAGAAUAAUGCGUUAAUUAGGAAUGCGGGGAGCCACAGGGAAUAAUGUUUUACUGCCGAUAGCCUGUCCUGGUCGAGCAACAUGACAGAAGAAAUCACUCCUUUCGUGUACUGGGCUCAAACCCAGAAUCAAGUAACUCUCAAAGUCGAUUUAACGGACGCCGAGGUACUCUGCGUUAAUUUGGAGCAGAAAAAGCUGCGCUUUGAAGCCCGUGGUGAAGGUGCGAGGGGAGUUCAUACUUAUGGAUUUACUUUAGAGUUUCAUUCAAACGUCGAUCCUGAUGAGAGCGAGUAUAAGGUAAUCGACCGCCAGGUCGAUUUUAGGUUGAAGAAGAAAUGCAGUGGCUGGUGGCCAAGGUUGACGGGCCCUCCGUUAAAACCUCCGUGGUUAAAGAUCGACUUCGACAAGUGGAAGUGCGAGGACAUGGACGACGAGGAGGAGAAACGGGAUAUCUGUCAGGAUUAUCCCAAUUUGUAUGAUAAAUUGCACAAAGAGGAGUUUGGAUAUAGAAAAGAGGAUCUGAAGAAAGUCUACCUGAUUCUCUAUAAUCUUUGCCAGUUUGUUGGAUUUAUAUAUGUUUUGGCGGUAAUGGGUAUAAGAUACUCACGUGAUGGACCUGAUUCCAUGAAAGAUACGUAUGCAGCAAUCGGGAACCCCAUGAAGUUCAUCCUGCUUCUGCAAUUUUUGGAAGUGAUGCACCCUUUGUUCGGUUACACAAAAGGCAGUGCACUGAUUGCUCUUCUGCAAGUCGGAGGCCGUGCUUUCAUCCUCUUCUUCAUGGUGGACGCAGAGCCUCGGAUGCAGACCAAGCCAGUCGUUUUCUACAUAUUCCUUGUGUGGAGCACUGUCGAGAUAGUCAGAUAUCCAUACUAUGUCACUCAGCUAUUGAACGUGGAGAUCCCUUUCCUCACAUGGCUGAGGUACACCAUAUGGAUGCCCCUUUAUCCCCUGGGGUUCCUCUGCGAAGGCAUCAUAGUUCUCCGGAACAUACCUUACUUCGAAGAGACCUUAAAGUUCACCGUCUCCUUGCCAAACUCCUGGAACUUUGCUUUCCACUUUCCUUCUUUCAUGAAGCUCUAUCUAUUGAUACUGUGUAUCCCUGGAAUGUACACCAUGAUGUCUCACAUGAAUCACACUCGGUACAAAAAACUCGGCAAGUCCAACAUCAAAAGGAAGUACACGUGAUUCGGACUAGGUCUGAUGUCAAGGUUUAAUUUAUGCGCUGGAUAGCGACACACGACUUUCAGUUAUAUUCUGAUUCUCAAAAAAAUCUUAGUUGGUAACGUGUCAUGCUCUACCUGAUUCGACUAAUCUAAUACAUUAUGCUAUAAUUAUGUAGUUAUGAAAUGUUAAUUGAUGAGCGUCGUGCUUCUAGUAUUUUGUUAUCAACAAUUUAAUAUACAUUAUUUAUGUAGGUGAUAAUAUAUAUGCUUGUUGCAUGGUCACAUUUAAUGUAUGUAUAUGAUUCAUAGGUAUCACAGUUAUAUACAUUGUCACAGUUCUUAUUUAAAAGCAAGGAGGCAUGAUACGUUAACCAAUAGCAGUUAUAUAAACAGAUAAUACUGAAAAAAACCUACCUGUGUUAAAUACAAAAGUGACAUGGCACAUAUGACUUCUUUACUGACUGGUUAAGGUGAAUAAUUGAUAAAUGAAGGAUAUUGACUGAAGUUGUAAUUAAAUGAAUACAAAUACACUUAAACACGAGGCGUUA